UAACAACUGUAGUUACAACUUUUAAGUAAUUAAAAUUCGUAUACUUUGACCAGUUGACUGACUCCAGGAAAACACGAAAUAUGGUGGCAAAAACUAGGAAUCCGUACAUCUAUUAAGUCAUGUAGUGAGUUUGUUAUUGUACGGGUCUUAUAAAGCGUGAACGCGCACCGCACGCGGAGUAGCCCACUCCAGCUUAGCUGCUUCACAACGCUGAGACCCGCACUCCCUACAGGUGAGAGAGGGGGGUGGUGAUAUUGAUUAGAGGGAGCCACGUGGCUCUGUCCUCGGGGGUCUGACGCAAUCAGCGGCGGUGCUCCGAUGAAGUGUGGUCCCCUGUCGAAAGUGCUACCGAACCCGCCAACCCCGUUGUCUUCGGGAGAACAAACUUUGUCAGAACACCGGCUCAUGUGGUCGGUGUGCAGUGGCAUGCUCACAGACAUUUCGGUUUGACCCAAAAUGGCAGAGGCUUUGACCCUCUUUGUUCUGUCUGGGAUGCUGCUGUGUGGGCUGCUACUCUGCACAGUGUCCCAGCAUGGAGCCAGUGUUGAAAAGCCCAGGAAGAGGCCCAAUUUCAUCAUCAUACUGGCAGAUGAUAUAGGCUGGGAUGACCUGGAUGCUAAUAAGCCUGGAGAGAAGGCAAACAACACACCAAACCUGAAUCUGAUGGCCAAGCAAGGACUAAGAUUGACAGACUUCCAUUCCCCAGCAUCAACGUGCUCCCCAUCCCGUGCUGCCAUCCUGACAGGCCGUUAUGGUCUCAGAAAUGGGGUGACUCAUAACUUUGCAGUGGACUCUGUAGCUGGCCUGCCUCUCUCUGAAGUUACAUUGCCCCAGCUUCUACAGACGGCGGGCUAUUACACUGCUAUGAUCGGGAAAUGGCAUCUGGGCCACAAUGGACCAUACAGUCCAACUAACAGAGGUUUUGACUACUACUUAGGUAUUCCAUACAGUAAUGACAUGGGCUGCACUGACACACCAGGAUAUAAUCUGCCCCAGUGCAUCCCCUGUGAUGAGGAUGAAACUCAAGUCUUCAGAUUGAAGAGGAGCCUACAUGAAGGCUGUUAUUCUAAAGUGGGCCUUCCUCUGAUUGAAAACAUCAGUAUUGCGGAGCAGCCGCUGGACCUGUGGACAUUAACAGAGCGAUACAGGUCUACUGCAGUCAGGAUAAUACACACUGCAAGGGAACAAGGACAGCCGUAUCUGCUCUAUAUAGCGCUGGCUCACAUGCAUGUUCCCCUGGCCCCUCCACUCCCUCCACAUGCCUCCUCCACCACCCAUCAUCCAGAUGAUGGCAGAGUGUACGCCGCCAGCCUGCGAGAGAUGGACAACCUGGUGGGGGCAGUAAAGAACGCUUCUGAUGUCACAGACAAAGACCACACUCUCAUCUGGUUCACCGGUGACAACGGUCCUUGGGAACAGAAGUGUCAGUAUGCAGGAGGUGUGGGACCUUUCAAAGGAACAUGGCAAACCAGCAGAGGUGGAGGCUCAGCUAAGCAGACCACCUGGGAAGGAGGUCACAGGGUGCCAACAGUGCUGUACUGGCCUGGGAGGAUCCCUGCAAACACCACCAACUCCGCCCUGCUCAGUGGUAUGGACAUCUUCCCAACCCUUUUGUCCCUGGCAGGGAUAACCCCCCCACCCGACAGACGUUAUGAUGGCAUUGACGCCACAAAUAUCCUGCUGUAUGGUGAACAAACUGGUCAUGAGUUUCUUUUCCAUCCCAACAGUGGUGCUGCAGGAUCGUUUGGUGACCUGCAGACAGUUCGAAGAGGCAAACAUAAAGCUUUCUAUAUCACAGGUUCAGCUAAGGCAUGUGGUGGUGCAACUGGAAGGCAGCAGCUCCAUGACCCACCACUGAUAUUUGACUUGGAGCAUGACAACGCUGAGGAAACACCCCUGGAAGCUGGGACACCUGAGUACCAGGCCGUAGCAGAGAGCAUCGCCCGCAAGAGGGAGGAGCUGUUAUGGGACAUAGCCACCGACAGGUCUGUGUCCACAGCAGACUACAGCACAGACCAAUCAGCCGCACCGUGCUGUGACCUGAGACAGGCCGUCUGCCGCUGUCGCAAGCUGGGCUGAGGGUGAAAAGUCACACACUGACACUGUCACAAAAAGCUGAAAGAGAAGCAUGCAGAUAUAAGCAAACAUAUAGGGAGAACUGUAACUCCUUUGGAUGUGCUUGGCUGUUUAUUUGUAGAAUGUGUUUUUAGGUGGUUCAAUGUCCAAAUGCAGCAGGGGGCAUGCAAACAAUCAGAGAGAGCAAAGAGAGGCAGAUAGCCAGACUUUGACCAGUUAGUGAAUAAAGCCAGGGUGAGGUGGUUCUCUAUGAGAUGAGCUAUAUGGAAAAAUAUAAGAUCUCUCUAACCACAAAAACAGUUCAAAUGUGCUACUAUUUAUGAAUUGGUUUGUUGCAGAACAACUGAAAGCCACAUUGUUUGAACAUUUGGCAGUUU